AUGGCCCUCUCUAGCUAUUUACAUAACUGUGUUCUCCCCUUCUCCCUAACCUCAGCAUCAAAUCCCACGAGUCAUGGAAAAUGGAGCGAUCGAAUUCUACGUCAAGGGUUCCCGUCUCGUCUUCGGCUGAUUUACACUCAUAUCCAACAAAAGAUCUCUGCCGUCGGCCAUCGAUGGACAUAUCAGGAAACUCCGUCGCCUAAGAACGUCGUGGUGCUCGGAGGCUCAUACGCUGGUGUCCAUCUUGCGCAAAGGUUGACGGAAUCACUACCAACAGGCUACCGCGCAGUCUUGAUCGAGAGAAAUUCCCAUUUCAAUCACUUAUUUGUGUUUCCCCGGUGCGGUGUGGCAUCUGGCCUAGAACAGUCUGCCUUCAUUCCCUAUGAUGGUGUCGCCAAGUCUGCUCCCCCGGGUAUAUUUAAACAUAUACAUGACUCGGCAACAAGCAUAACAGAUAGUCAAGUUACUCUUGCUUCCGGAGAGAAAAUUGACUACGAAUACCUUGCGAUUGCUACCGGAUCAUGGCAGCCGUCUCCAGCAAAGCUCGCGUCAACGGAGAAAGCAGGCGCUUGUAAGGAAAUGCAUGCAUCUCAGGAACGUAUUCAACUCGCAGACCGCAUUGCAGUAGUUGGAGGAGGCCCUGUCGGUGUACAGGUUGCAACUGACAUCAAGAGCUUCUUUCCUCAGAAAGAUGUGACAUUGAUUCAUUCUCGGAAACAGCUGCUACCUAACUUUGGUCCCCGGCUACACGAGCAUGUGAUGAAGACGCUUAAGCAGUUGGAUGUUAAUUUGAUCCUUGGUGAGCGACCUCAGACUGUGGCUGAGAAUGUUGCGGUGAUGGCCAAGGGCAAGACGCAAGAGGCUCUAAGUUUUGCGGACGGACGUAAGGAGGCAUUUGAUCUCGUGAUCCGUUGCACCGGCCAGCGACCUAACUCUAGCAUACUUGCCAACUUAUUCCCCUCUGCCAUCUGCGGACAAAGCGGGCAGAUUCUGGUCCAUCCCACCCUUCAGAUCAACAAUGGUGAUAAUAUGCCAAAUCCUAAUAUCUUCGCCCUGGGAGAUGUGGCCAAGACUACCGGUCCACGAAUGGAGAGGACGGCACGGUCACAGGCAGAAAUUGUAGCCGCAAACAUUGUGUCCCUGAUUAUGGGGCAUACUCCAUUGGAGACCUACCGUGUCACAGAAGCGCAUGGCGUCAUCAAGCUGACGCUAGGAAAGCACGAUUGGGCUAUGUACUAUAGGGAGGACAGUGGUCGCGAAUUGAUGGUUAGUGGAGCGGCGAAAGGUGAUAAUAUUGAUGUUGCUCCAGUUUGGCAGGCUAUGGGAGCAAAAUACCCUCCCAAUCCCUCCUGA